AUGAAUAUGAUAUACGUUAAUUAGGCACAAAAACCUAAAUAAUCAAUAGCUAAAAGAUCUUCAAGUGGUACUAAUAGAUCUCCAUUCAUUAAAACUCAUGAAUAAUAAGCUCAAUAUGAACCAAUUCCAACAAGAUAAGAAUAAAUUUAUAAAAAGACUUGUGAAGAUCUGAGAUAGAAAAUAAAAACAUUUAAUUAAUUAUAAAGAUGCAAUAUAAUAAUCUUUGGACCGAGUGGCUCUGGAAAGUCAUCUUUAAUUCGAACAUUUAAUACUAGUUUAAAUUAAACACAAACAUUACCUGAAGCAUUGUGUAUAAAAGACUUAUUACAUAAUGAAGGUACUAAGCAUUUUUAAAGUAUAAAUUUGCUAUAGUCAACAAAAAAUUAAAUAUUUUCGAAAAUGAAUUCACAUUUAAUUUAAAAUUGUUAAAUCAACAUUCUCGAUACUAGAGGUUAGAUUAAUUUAAGUUCUAAGGAAAAUAAACAAGUUGAAUUAAUGUUAGAAGGGAAAGUAAAAAAUAUGAGUCUAGUUGAAUAACGAACUUAUAGAUAUGCUUAUAAAUUAUGGGAGUUCUGGAAAUAAGAUUGUGAAUUAUUCCCUUAAGAAAUAAUUAGUUGUGGAACCUAUAUUCCUCAUUAAGUUCUUAUAGUAUUUGAUGGUAGUUUAGAUAAAGUUCCUAAUGGAAAAGAAGAAAUUGAAUUUUAUUAAUAAAUUCUAAGUCUUGUCAAAUAAAAGGGUUAUGAUAAUCCAUUUAUAAUUUUAACUUAAUUAGAUAAAUUAGAAUAUAAAUUUAGGCAUCAUGAUGAUUAUUAAUUAUAUAUUGAUUAAAGAAUAGAAUCAAUAGUUUAAUCUCUUAAAAUUCCCAGAGAAAGUGUAUUUUUUAUUGAAAACUAUCAUGGACAACAAUAGAGUUCAGAAUUAGAUUAUUAAGCACUUAGAUUACUGUAUGAAUGUUUGUAGUAAGCAUCUAAGUAUCAGAUAUAAAGUGUAGAAUGUAAAUUUUUUUGA